AUGGCGGCGGAGCUGCUGAACGAGCCCGCGACGCUGCGGAAGAUCAAUUUGAAGCUUGCGGAGAGGCUUGCGGCGCGCGUGGCGGACAACAAGCGGCUCGAGGAGCGGCUGAAGGCGGCCGAGGGCGCGAAGGAGUCGUUUGUGGACACCGCGGCGUGCAUCUCGAAGCUAUGGGCGGAGCUCGACGCCAACCUGCAAGCGGUGUGCAAGCGGGCGGGCGUGGAGCCCGCGCAGGCUCCGCCGAGCGACAAGGGCGCCAGCCCGGAGGAUAUCUUCCUCGAGAGGCUCCUGCGCGGCGGGUCGGCCGCGGACUCGGACGCAGCGAGGCCGCGGAAGCGCAAGCGCGUCAUUGAGGUGCCCACCAUCGACCCCACGGACCUCGAGGUCGCCCUGCGCGGCCGCAGCGGCGCCACGCUGGGCAUGCUCUCGGCAGUGGUGCAGCGCAUCGACGACGCGGCGCGCCAGCGGGCCGAGCACGCCGCGCAGCUCUCCGGCGACGAGGCGCUGCGGAGCGAGGUGGCGAGGCUGCAGGCGGAGCUGCAGCGGGCGACGGAGCGCGCGGCGGCGAGCGAGGCCGAGUGCGCGCGCGUGGAGUCGGUCGCGGCGCUCUUCUUCGAGCAGUUCCAGCGGCAGGAGGCCGAGUGCGGGGAGGCCCAGGCCGAGGUCGCCGCGAUGCAGGAGCGCGCCGACGCGGCGAUCCGCGACGCCGAGCGCCUCAAGCACGAGCUCAGCGCCCUGCGCGCCACGGCCACCGCCGUGGAGCCCCCCACCCCCGCCGACGCCGCCCCGCGCCCGCCCACGCCACCUCCGGCCACCCCGGCGCCCACCCCGGGCGCCCGCCCGGGCACACCCGGCGCGGACAGCGCCGCCGCGGCCGCCCCGACCGACGCAGAGGCGGCCGCGCAGCAGCGCGUCGCGGAGCUGGAGGGGGAGCUGCGGGAGCUGCGUGAGGCUCACGACCGGCGCGUCGCGGAGCUGCAGGGGGCGCUGCGCGCGAAGGAGGAGGAGGCGGAUCGGUUGGGGUUGGAGGCGGCGGCGGCGGUGGAGGCGCGGGCGGGCGAGGAGGGGUCGGCGGCGGCGGGGGGGGGGUUGCCGGGGGAGUUUGUUGCGUGGCUCGGGAAGGCGCGCGGGGCCGCGGGGGCGCUGCGGUUCGACGCGGAGCAGGUCGCGGCGCGCGCGGUGGCGCUGCGGCAGGCGUGGGCGUCGUGGGACGAGGAGCUCGAGCAUCGAGUCAGGGAGGGGUGUCGGGCGCUGGAGGGGGAGUUGAAGAAGGAGCAGGAGCGGGUGCUGGCGCGGCAGGCGGGGGGCGGGCGCGCGGGCGCCGCGGACGGCGGGCUCGCGGCUGCGGCGGCGACGGAGUUCCACAGGGGCGUAAUAGAGCGGCUGGGGGCGUGGGCGACGGCGCGCGGGGCGCGCGUGCACGCGGCGAUCGUCGGGGCGCGCGACGCGGCCGAGGCGCUGGCGGACCGCGAGGGGCGGUUGCGAGCGCUCACUGCGCGCCUCGAGACCGUCGAGGCCGAGCUGCACGCCGAGCGCGUCCGCACGGAGCACCUCACCAACCGCAUCGACGCCGCGCGCACCCUUGCGGACGUGGCGACCGCGAUGGCCGACGACGACCGCACCGCCGUGGAGCUCCGCGCGCGCGUCGCGGAGCUCGAGGGCCAGCUCGCGGGCGGUGGCGACGCCAAGUCGAAGUCGGCGGAGACCCCGCCCGACCUGACAGCGGUGCGCGCUGCCCUGACUCAGGCCGAGAGCGACCGGGAGGCGCUGCGCGCGCAGCUCGAGGCCGCGCGGGGCGGCAACAGGGAGCUCGCGGAGAGCCUCGAGACGGUCGAGAGCGAGGUGGAGGAGGUGGGGGGGGUGUACGAGGCGGCGCUGCGGGAGAAGGGGGAGUUGUUGCGGCGGGUGGGGGAGUUGGAGCGCCAGGCGCAGGCGGCCGAGGACGACCGCGCGGUGCUCCUGCGGCGCGCGGUCGCGGCCGAGCGGAAGACGCAGGAGGCCGAGGCCGCCCGCAGCCGCGCGCACUCCGAGUGGCUGGAGCGCACGCGCCAGCUCGACCGCCUCUCGGCGCUCGCCGACCAGCUCGCCGCCGCCGCCGCCACCGCCGACGACUACGUCGCCCGCCAGCAGCGCGCCGUCGCCGCAGAGGCCGACCGCGCGCGCGACGCCGUCGCGCUAGAAGCUGCACAGCGCCGCGCCACAGAGGCCGAGGUGCGCGCCGCGCGCGCGGGCGACGACGCGGAAACGCUGCGGCGGCGCGCGCGGCGGCUCCAGGAGCGGCUCCGGCAGGCGCAGUCGGUGUCCGGGGGGGCGUUGGGGGACUCUGCGACCAAGGAGCUGGAAGUCCUCCGGGACGUGUGCUACUGCUCGCUGUGCAAGGUCAACGUGCGGGACCAGGCGCUCGCGCGGUGCGGGCACACGUUCUGCACGGACUGCAUUCAGAAACGGAUAAGGCUCCGCGACCGGAAAUGCCCGUCGUGCGGCAUCGGGUUCGCGGUGGAGGACGCCAAGCGCAUCUACUUGGGGCUCGAGGGGGAGUGA